AUUGCCACGCGUGCACCGUAUUUCACUAUCAUACGUUUGACCCAUACCAACACUUCCGUGAUUUCUCCCUAUAUCUAAGAAAAACCAAAUCAAGAAAAAACUCACAAACCUCGAAAUUUCAGAAAAACAAACAUGGCUGAGAGUGUUGGUGUACACGGAAGAAGUGAACCUCUUCUUGAUGAUGAAGCUUCAAACCCUUCUUGGAGACUCAAUGUGAAGGAGUUUCAUAUACCAUCACAAAAUGUUGCUAAUCAACAAAACCAUCGUUCCCUCUCUUUCAAUGGCCUUCUUCGUAAGACUAAGAAGCAACGCAAGGUGGCGGAGUAUUACAAGAAACAAGAGAGACUUGUUGAAGGGUUUAAUGAAAUGGAGGCAAUGCAUGAAACUGGUUUUUUCCCAGGAGGUCUCACUGAGGAUGAAAUGAAGCAACUGGCGAAGAGUGAGAGGAUGGCAGUUCAUGUGUCGAACGCAUGUAACUUGGUUCUGUUUGCAGCGAAGGUUUUCGCGUCGAUUGAGAGCAGAUCAUUAGCAGUCAUUGCUUCAACACUAGAUUCUCUUUUGGACCUCUUGUCAGGUUUCAUACUGUGGUUUACUUCCAAUGCCAUGAGAAAGCCAAACCGAUUUCACUAUCCGAUUGGAAAGAAACGCAUGCAACCAGUGGGUAUCAUAGUUUUUGCAUCAGUGAUGGCAACCUUGGGAUUGCAGAUUUUGAUCGAGUCUGGCCGGCAAAUUAUUUCAAAGGCAAAGCCGGAAGUGGAUCCAAAAAAGGUGAAUUGGAUGAUUGGAAUUAUGGUAUUCGUGACUGUAGUGAAGUUCGUUCUUAUGAUCUACUGUCGAAGAUUUAAAAAUGAAAUCGUCAGAGCUUACGCACAAGAUCAUUUUUUUGAUGUCAUUACUAAUUCGGUUGGAUUAGCUGCUGCUGUUCUAGCUGUCAAAUUCGACUGGUGGAUCGAUCCAACAGGAGCUAUUAUUAUUGCAUUGUAUACAAUCAAUACAUGGACAAAGACAGUGAUUGAGAAUGUCUGGUCACUCAUUGGAAGAACAGCACCACCUGAUUUUUUGGCAAAGCUAACUUACCUUAUAUGGAACCAUCAUGAACUAAUCAAACACAUAGAUACUGUUAGAGCAUACACUUUUGGUGCAAAUUACUUUGUGGAAGUUGACAUUGUUUUGCCAGAAGACAUGCUUCUUAACCAAGCACACAACAUUGGUGAAACACUUCAAGAGAAGCUUGAACAAAUUGCAGAAGUUGAAAGGGCUUUUGUGCACAUAGAUUUUGAGUUCACUCAUAGACCUGAGCAUAAGACUUCAGUAUAAUGGUGCUAUAAGACCAUGGUGGAAGGGAGUUCUAUUGACCUCUUUUGAUUUUCUUGUUUUGUUUUUUUAGAUGGUAUAGUUGAUAUUUUAUUGACUUGUUUUGUGGUAUAGUUGAUAUUUUAUUUUGACUUUAAAUAAUUGGUUUUUGUCUUUUAAUCUAUGUGAUAAAUAAGCUUUCAUUAA